AUGACAUUCCGCGAGACGGCACGUCGGCUACAGGAUAGGCUUCGGGUGAAAAGGGCUGCAUGGUGUGCGUGCCGGGCGGACGAGCACCUUUUCUUAUGGAAGGGUGUACGCUCUCCGCCACCGUCGACGAUAGCGGACCCUACUAUCAAGCAUCUGCAGGACUUGUCGGUUCGUGAGUCACUUCGCGACACGAAAGGAUAUGGUUCCGCCCUCCGCAAGUUUCACAUCUUCUGCGAUAUUUUCUCAGUUGCGGAGGAAGACCGCCUGCCUGCGUCAUUUGCAGUGCUCAACUCAUUCGCAUUAUGGGCCCUAGCCGACCCUCAGCCGGGUGAUGUCGGCCUGAUUGGAGGCCCCGCGUUCGAGCCAGUAAGUCGGGAUGUUGUCAGGAAGUACCUGGCUGGUGUGCGUGCCUGGCAUUUGAUUCAAGGCUGGCCAGCACCACUGUCCUCGGACGACCAUGCGAGGAUCGAUUUCCACCUCCGCGGUCUUGAACGGCACGUCGGUGCACGCAGGAAAGCCCCACGCCCGCCUGUCACGGUGCCGAUGCUUGGCGCCUUACGGGCGGCACUCGACCUGUCAAGUUCGUUCGACGCCUGUGUGUGGGCGGCCGCGACCUGCGCUUUCUGGGGGCUCAUGCGCUUAGGAGAAGUCACCGUACCAAGCCGUGCUUCGUUCCGCGCAAACAAGCAUCUCACACGCAAGGACGGACUGAUCUCGCAGGACGUCAAUGGCAAGGUCUAUGCACAGCUCGACCUGCCCUCAGCGAAGACAGCACGCGAGGGCGAAACCCAAGCUGUCUACCUCGUUAAGCAGGGCGAGACAGUAUGUCCCAUCACCGCAUUGCAGAAUCUAAUUGCAGUGGUGCCUGCAGGCCCCGAUGACCCUUUGUUUUCGUGGCGAGACAGCACGGGCGCUGUACGGCCCCUAACUCGGGCAGCCGUCCUUCGGCGUGUCAACAGCAUCUUCACCGCCCAAGGCUGGGGCACCUCGUUCGGGCACUCGUUUCGCAUCGGCGGUGCCAUGUUCUUUCUCGCGCAAGGUGUCAGCCCGAGAUAG